AUGGCUCUGAAAAAUCUGACUGAUCCCAAUAUUACCGGCUUGGAGCCAGCCCAAGUGAAGGCCAUUGAUACCGAGAUAGCACAGAAGGCGGCCUCAUUGCAGGUCGACGGCUACAUUGUCAGGGGGUAUUCCACAGGUGAACGGAAUUUCGGCCUUAUACAAAAGAGCCUUGUCGACCUGGUCACAUCCUGUAACCAGCCGGAUACUGUGGUUCACAACAGCAGUGGACCAUAUGCUUCGAGUGGACUAAAGUGA